AUGGACAACCAAGCUCGUCUGCUGUCGCAAUUGGUCCCUGGGACGCUUGUCCUUCAACACCUCAAGACUUGUAAGUUGGAGACGUCAGACUGCGGUCUGUGUGCUGUUCACGAAGCUUGGAAAUCAUACAAGCGAGACUGGGUUCGGGCCAUUCUCAAUGACGGCGUCGUCACACUGGGAUGCUCCACUUGCUGCAAGGCAGGUUUGGAGGGUCCAUGGGCGAACUUCCAACAGAAACCCGGGGCUAUUCUGCGGAAGUUCUGCUUAGAUAGACAUGAAAAGUCGAGGGGUCAUCAAGCAGCGUCCAAAAGUUUGUCCACGGACAAGGCUUUGCAUCUGGCGCCGUCACAAGAGUCCUUCGAAGAACUUCUCACUCAGACUUUGCAAGGUCAGUCGGUGCGAGCUGGAGGCGUGACCUCAGAUAAGCGCAUCAAGAUGCGCUGGGCCUUGACGGAAGCGAUCCUGGCUAGGAACCGCCAUAUGUUAAAAGACUGUCAAUCGAUGACAUUGCUUCGAGACGAGCGAAAAGGAAAGCUCUUAGUCCGCUUUCGAGCGGUGCUACGAGACCUCUCAACCGUAAGCGGUUGUCUCGGCUUAACGCCAGUCAGUGGUUCCUCAGACAGCAUUGCUUUGGCUACAGACGCGUUGAUGGAAGCAUUUUGCGUGCCAAUGAGGCAGCCACCUCGAGCCUCCUGUGUGGCAGAAGGUUCAGUAGACCAGGCCUUGCUUCAGCACUUGCGACAGACAGUGACAAUCAUUGUUACGGACGCGGCUGCUUCUGAACAGCUGGCAACUGAUUUGCAGCGUGGCCCGAAGAGAGCAUGCUCCGAGUUGAAGAGCAUCAUGCACGAAUGGCGCCACGGCUCUGACAGCUUUGCCCAGAAAGUCCAGCAUAGCCCUGUGUUGGCCCAAUGGUGGGCUGCUGCCUUGGAAAGUCCUACCAGCGAAGAAUGCGACUUUGGAAGUCUAACAUCUUUAUCUGCGGCGAAGCACCGUUUUUCUUCCUACCUGAACCCUCUGUCCCGCAUUUGCAAGAAUAUGCAGACGGUUUUCAAGGUUUGUUGCCGGCUACAAGCCAUGAGAGGCUCGGAAGCUGGCUGGGCCAUUCAGUUGUGCAGAAAUUUCUCCGGCUUUAAAGCUGUGCUGCUCACGAUGGCAGCUGAUGCCUGCGCCAUCAGCAAUGAUUAUACUCGAGAGUGUGAUCAGGAAGGGACGGACAUUGCUCAGCUCAACUUGCGUGCUCAUCAGUUCAUUUCUUCAGCCAGGGCUUUGUUUGUGGAACGUCAGGUGUGCACCUUGCCGUCAUUUACAAAGGAUUUUUUGUCCAGAAAAGAGCCAGUUCUUGUGCAGCUAGAUGGCUUCGUGUUGGAAGUGCGUGCGACGCCAGCUGACGUCGAAAAGGCUUUUCAAGUCAUGCAAGACCUUCUUUUUGGCUUACACUCACAAGAUUCAAAGCAUUUCUUUCACUGGUUGAUUCAAUUUUACUUAAUUGUCUUGCGUUUCGAACUUGUAUCUGUCCUGCAGGAGUGGACUGCCCUUGCGGAAGAAGUGGUCGCCCAUGAAAUUCCCAGCUGGCAUUUGUUCGCAGCCUUUGAAGUGUUUCACUUGCCAGAUUCCAAGGAGUCUCGCAAGCUGAAUGGCGAAGACUUGGAGCGGAACCUGCAAAGGUUGGCUCAAGCUUUCCAUGUGUCCACGGACCAACUGAAACGAGAGUUCACACAAAUGCAGCCGAUUGCUGCUGCUCUCAAGAAAUCCGCCAGUCACUCGAACCGGGAGGCUUGGAGGCAAGCAGUUUUGCGAGUGGGGCGACGAAGUCCGGCCCAAGCGAAUACCACAGGCGCGCUGCGCACAGUGCUGGCAAGCUACCUGGCUUGGACAGCGUCUAGCAGUGGGGUGGAACAAUUAUUCAGCACCUUGAAGGCUUCGCCCACUGAGCAGUCCAAGUCAAGCGGCGCGGUUUUGGACACAGACAGGCGCACUGCAGUGGCCAUGGGGGACUGUCAGGUUCGAGAGGCAAAGGUCGCCGCAGAAAUCGUUUCAGAAGCUCGGCGCCUGUAUUGCACUUUGCUUCGGUCUGGAAUCUCUCGUACCAAUACCCAGCAACGUUUCGACAAAGGUCGAACAUCCACGACUGGCCGCAAAGGAUCUCACGCUCAGUGGGAUCGGGACAGGAAAGAAUCCUUGGCCACAGCUUUGAAAGAUUUGACCACGCCGCCGCGAGCAGCAACCGCUCCUAUGCGCACAGAGUCUGCUGUAAAGGAGAGAGACUUGCAAAGAAGCAAGGCCUUCAAACGGAAGGCUGAGGCUCUGACUGAUGGCUUGCUUUUGCCCGACGAAGUGACACCGGACAUGCAGCAGGCAAAGUUGCUGGUCCUUGCGAACUUUGGACAAGUUGGAGACAGUGUCAAGAUCACGGCGGCUCUGCAAGGAGCCGUGGUUCUGUCAGCUGCUGUCCUCUUUGGCAAGGGAGGUGUCAAGCUGACCUUCAACGGGGGUCUCUGCAUUGAGGCUGCAGUGUCUGUGACACAGGAAUUCAAGGUCCUGAAACAGAAUGGCGCGGUGAGCCACGAUGCCCUGCGGAGACAACUGGUGCGGGUCAAUGCGUUGGCUGGAAACUGGCAGAGCCGAUUACUGCCAUACGAACGUAAGCCACAGAAGACAAUCCGCACGGCCUCUGACUGUUCGGGCUACGGCUCAGACCUGAUAGCCUACAAGUUAUUAGGUCUGCAGGGACGUGUGCGUCCUGUGCAGAUGUCGGAAAACGAUUCGGUCAAGGUGGUGUUGCAUGAGGCCGUGGCCAAGGCCUGUGGCUGGCAUGCGCAGCCUGCCACGACGGGCGAUAUGUUUCUAAGGAAACCGGAAGAUAGCAAGGCAUCGGAUGUCUAUGUGGCAGGAUUCCCCUGUCCAUCCUUUUCUCGAUUAGGAAAAGGAAAAGGCAUUAACGACCAAAGAGGUUUCUUGACUUUGAAGGGGAUGGAGCACAUCGCCUUGACAAGGCCUCAGGUCAUUGUCUUGGAGCAGGUGGCCUCAAUUCUCCAAAAGAAGCAUGAGAAGGUUUGGAACUUUGUGCUGAAGACGCUGAAGUCUUUGAAUUAUGAUUAUAUUUACAAGGUCAUGAACACUAGAGAUCACGCCGUGCCUCAAAGCCGGCCGCGGGUGUAUCUUCUGGCUGCGGUGCAAGAAGUUGGACAAGGUACUUUGACAUUGCCAGAGAAACGCACCGUUCCAGUGGACUUGCAUCAUUUCCUGAAGAAGGACCAAGUUGGCACAGAAAUAUUGCGUUUGCCCAAAUAUGAACAUAUGCUGGGGCCACUGACGUGGCAGAAGGGCUUUGUGCUUGAUGUGGGCGCAAGCCCAGGUUGGCAGCAUGUUGUGCGGAAUGCA